AUGGAACACAACGGUCCCCCGUCUCCUGCUCCCUCAAACGAUGACAUCUACCCGAACGGACUGCAUCACUUGAUACGCCCUGAAGGAGCCACAUCCUACCCCCGAGAACACUUGCAUCCGAGUGAUAUGGGGGGUAUGCAAACUCCCUCUCGAUACGGUACACCUGGUCCACAACAAGACAUGCAAUACGAUCAUCACUCUCCAUACUCUCAUCGCCCACAUGAUGGUCAGAUGUCGUAUAACCAUGGUUAUGAUACGAGCGUCAGCUCCAUAUAUGGCCCGAUGUCCGGGGAUCUGAGCCACCAACCAUACAGUACCCCUGACACAUCACCGCCCACGCCGUCGAGGCCAUCAGAUGUGUUGACCACCCGCAGCGGUCUUAGCAUCCACAAGGGGUCGUCGACCAUCAAGCCGCUCGCAGCGAGAGCAACACGUGUUGAAAAGUCAACGCCUAAGAAGAAGAAGAAGGAGAGGGCAAAGUCGGCCAAGAAGGUUGAUAGCGUUACCAAGCCACUCAGCGAAUUAGCAAAGGAGCAACCGCACAUCCCAGUAGCGGACAUUGGGGCUUAUGUCCAACGGUCUGCAGAAAUGCGGAUGAAGGAGGUCGAGGAGAGCAAGACGCCAGGCCGGAUCAAGCGACCGAUGAACGCCUUCAUGCUGUACCGCAAAGCGUAUCAGAACCUUGCCAAAAGUCUCUGUACACAAAAUAACCAUCAAAUUGUGUCUCAGGUUUGUGGUUGCGGCUGGCCCUUGGAGCCGGAAGGGGUUCGUGACCAGUUUAAUGAAUGGGCGAAGGAAGAGCGGGCAAACCACCAGUUAGCUCACCCAGGUUACAAGUUCACACCGUCGAAACCGAGGCCCAAGGCGAGAGAAGAAGAAGAGUCCGAUCAAGGCGACAUAGAUGACAUGGAAUGGGGUGCGAGCCGCGCGAGCUCAAGGAGCAGGCAAAUCAGGAAACCCGGACACGGCAGGAACGAUGCACCAGCGUCCAUUUUCCAGAAUUACCCACCAUUGCAGACGAGUCCCAUGGGUCUUGGCGUCCAGACACAGUCCAUGUACCAUUACAGUAAUCCGGGAAAGCCUCUCCCAGCACCAUACAGCCAGAAUGGUCUUGGCGGCGGCCAGUAUUACCAGCAAAGCGUCCAUCAGCGCCAGGACGCCACCGGUUUCGUUGAAGACGUGCUCAUCAGGAAGACGCCAUCACCAGCGAUGGGCUACGCAGCACCGUCGAUGGAUCACCGGUACGACGGCAUUGGCCAUUACGGUCCAAUGUCGCAUCAUGAUGGCAUUGAUCCAAUGAUUGAUCCGGGCCUGAUGGGACACGGAGGUCACCCAUACGGCGACGCGUACGGCGAUCCCAUGCUGGAACCGAGAUGGAUGCAUCGGCUCAAUUUUAGCGACGGAAGGCAGGAACUGCUUGAUACUCUGCCUGGGUUCGAUGAAAACCUCAUACACGAUCCCCAACUUCAGAUCCUGAGAGGACCAGAAAGUAGCUGGAAAGUGGAGGAGCUUGAGGGCAGCCACUUCAACAACUGGAUAGACCCAGAGUGA